AUGGCUCCCCAGCCUGACGAGCACCACCACCACAAGAAGGUCAACUUGACCGAUCCCUCCGGCGCGGAGAUCAAGAACGAAGAUGACACCGCGACCGCGAUCCUCAAGAAGAAGAAGAAGCCCAACCAGCUGAUGGUCACCGAUGCCGUCAACGAUGACAACAGCAUCAUCGCCCUCUCCGAGGCCACCAUGGACUCGCUCCAGCUCUUCCGAGGUGACACCGUUCUUGUCCGAGGCAAGAAGCGGAAGGACACCGUCCUCAUUGUCCUCGCCGAUGAUGAGCUCGAUGAUGGCAGCGCUCGCAUCAACCGAGUCGUGCGCCAUAACCUGCGGGUCAAGCACGGUGACAUGAUCACCAUCCACCCUUGCCCCGAUAUCAAAUACGCCAAGCGAAUUGCUGUCCUCCCCAUCGCUGAUACCGUCGAGGGUAUCACCGGUUCUCUUUUCGAUGUUUUCCUCGCCCCCUACUUCCGAGAAGCAUACCGCCCUGUCCGACAAGGAGACCUCUUUAUCGUCCGUGGUGGUAUGAGACAAGUCGAAUUCAAGGUUGUCGAGGUCGAUCCCCCAGAGUACGGUAUCGUGGCACAAGAUACCGUCAUUCACUGCGAGGGCGAGCCUAUCCAGCGAGAUGAGGAGGAGAACAACCUCAACGAGGUUGGCUACGAUGACAUUGGUGGAUGCCGAAAGCAGAUGGCCCAGAUCCGAGAAAUGGUCGAGCUUCCUCUCCGACAUCCCCAGCUUUUCAAGUCCAUCGGUAUCAAGCCUCCCCGAGGUGUCUUGCUGUACGGACCUCCCGGUACUGGUAAGACGCUCAUGGCCCGAGCCGUCGCCAACGAGACUGGUGCCUUCUUCUUCCUGAUCAACGGUCCCGAGAUCAUGUCCAAGAUGGCCGGUGAGUCCGAGUCCAACCUGCGAAAGGCUUUCGAGGAGGCCGAGAAGAACUCUCCCGCCAUCAUCUUCAUCGACGAGAUCGAUUCGAUCGCCCCCAAGCGUGAGAAGACCAACGGUGAGGUCGAGCGACGAGUUGUCUCUCAGCUCCUCACCCUCAUGGACGGCAUGAAGGCCCGCUCCAACGUUGUCGUCAUGGCCGCUACCAACCGACCCAACUCGAUUGAUCCCGCCCUCCGACGUUUCGGCCGUUUCGAUCGCGAGGUCGACAUUGGUAUCCCCGACCCCACUGGCCGUCUCGAGAUCCUCCAGAUCCACACCAAGAACAUGAAGCUCGGCGACGACGUCGACCUGGAGCAGAUUGCCGCUGAGACCCACGGUUAUGUCGGUUCCGAUGUUGCUGCCCUGUGCUCUGAGGCUGCCAUGCAGCAGAUUCGUGAGAAGAUGGAUCUCAUUGAUCUUGAUGAGGACACCAUCGAUGCUGAGGUCCUCGACUCUCUCGGUGUCACCAUGGAGAACUUCCGCUUCGCUCUUGGCGUCUCCAACCCCUCCGCGCUCCGCGAGGUUGCUGUUGUCGAGGUUCCCAACGUUCGCUGGGAGGACAUUGGUGGUCUCGAGGAAGUCAAGCAAGACCUCAAGGAGAACGUCCAGUACCCUGUGGACCACCCCGAGAAGUUCCUCAAGUUCGGCAUGUCUCCUUCCCGAGGUGUGCUGUUCUACGGUCCCCCUGGUACUGGUAAAACUAUGUUGGCCAAGGCUGUCGCCAACGAGUGUGCCGCCAACUUCAUCUCCGUCAAGGGACCUGAGCUGCUCAGCAUGUGGUUCGGUGAGUCCGAGAGCAACAUCCGAGACAUCUUUGACAAGGCCCGUGCUGCUGCUCCUUGCGUUGUCUUCCUGGACGAGCUCGACUCUAUUGCCAAGGCUCGUGGUGGCUCCAUGGGCGAUGCUGGCGGUGCCUCUGACCGUGUCGUCAACCAGCUCCUGACUGAAAUGGACGGCAUGACCUCCAAGAAGAACGUCUUCGUUAUUGGUGCUACCAACCGACCUGAGCAGCUCGACCCUGCUCUCUGCCGACCUGGUCGUCUCGACUCGCUCAUCUACGUGCCCCUGCCCGAUGAGCCUGGCCGUCUCAGCAUUAUCAAGGCUCAGCUCCGCAAGACUCCCAUUGCUGCUGACAUCGACUUUGGCUACAUCGCCUCCAAGACACACGGCUUCUCUGGUGCCGAUCUUGGCUUCAUCACCCAGCGUGCUGUCAAGAUUGCCAUCAAGGAGUCCAUCACCGCUGAUAUCGAGCGCCAAAAGGCUCGCGAGGCGGCUGGUGAUGAGAUGGACACUGAUGAGGAUGCCGAGGACCCUGUGCCUGAGCUGACCAAGGCUCACUUCGAGGAGGCUAUGCAGAUGGCCCGACGAUCCGUGUCGGACGUUGAGAUCCGCCGCUACGAGGCUUUCGCCCAGCAGAUGAAGAACGCUGGCCCCGGUGCCUUCUUCAAGUUCCCCGAGGCUGGCGCUGAGGCUGCUGGUGCCGACGGUGGCAACUCGUUCGGUGACGCUGGCAAUGAUGAUGAUCUCUACGACUAA